ACAAUGAUUUGGAUAAAAAUAGAAAUUACAUUUUAGAGUUAAUACAUUUUUAUAAUGAAUCAGAUGAUUUGAGUGACUCUGAUAUAGUUAUAUCGGAACUUAAAAUGUGGAAAACGUUUUAAAUAGAAUUGAAAAUGAACAAAAACUAAAAAAACUUUUGAAUUUCUAAAAUUGUGUGAUGAAUACUUAUUUCUAAAUGUGUACAAGUUAUUAAAAAUAGUUUGUAUUUUACCUGUAACAACAUGUACUUCUGAAAGAAGUUUUUCAUCUUAUUUAAGAAGUACCAUAACUGAAAAUAGAAUAAAUGGCUUAGCCAUAGAGGAGACUUAUAACUCCUGAAGAAGUUAUUGAACAGCUUAUUAAAAAAAAAUAGAAGACUAAAAUUUUAAACUAUUAAAAACUAUAUUUUAAUACAUCAAGUUACAUUUAAAAAUUGUGAGAUUAUGGGGUUAUGCUUAUUUCUUUUACCAUUAAAGAAUUCAUGAAUAAACAUUUUUGUUGGUUUUUCAAUGAUAUAAUUUUUUAUACUUUUUAAAUGUUAAAACAAUUGGACCCCCAAUGAAAAAUUUCUGGGUACGCCCCGGAUAAGUAGGUAUUAGUUCUACAAGAUGUAACUUAAUAUAUGAUUUUAUCAAUUAUUAUUAAUGAAUAUCUUAAGAAAUACCUAAUAGUGUAAUAAAUAUUUUAGGUUCCACUAGUUUUUAUGACUGAUGAUUCCACUGCUGAAAAAAUUCAUUACUAUUUCGACUAUGGCCAAAGGAAAAUCAAUUUCUUUAUAAUUUUGCAUAUGGCACAAGCAGAGUGGCGAUGGCUUCACGAUUCCAAAAAUGGAAUUAAUGUUUCUGACCAUAUUCCCUCAAUGAAGCUAUUUCAAUCGGCAACGUAUUCUGAAUCAAAAAACGACUCUCAGAUAAUUGAAGCUCGUAAUAAAAAAGAAGCACCAGUUAAUUUUAUAAAACAAUUUGAGAAUAACUGUAAAGACUUGACAUUUGACUUUCAAACCAGGCUAAUUCAGACUUGGAAAGUUUGGUUUAAAAACAAAAUGAAAACUUGUAAAUAUUAGAACCAAAUCAAUCAUUGCUUAAAAGUUUGGUUCAAACUUCAAACCAAUGACAUACAUAUGCAUAUCACACUUUAUAAAAAAAGUUCAUAUUUUUGGUAAAAAUAGUAUUGGUUUCAUAAGUUUUUAAAGUCGAAUUCAUGUCGAAUUCAUUCUCAAAAAUCAGGGUUCAUAGCAUUACUUAACUCUGUAGAUAGAAGAGUAAAACUUCAUAGACUUCUAAAAUUAAGUAAACAUAGUACUAUUAAGUAUUAAGUUUAGUGGCAUGUAUGAAUAAAGCACCAAAAUCCAAAUAAUAUUAAUUUGUUUUGUAUUGGAUACAUUUAUCAUUGUAAAAAUAAUUGAGAAAAAUUAAUAAACAUUUAUUUUAU